AUGGACCACGCGGUGAAGGCGAUGUCGGCGCGCGGCUGGUGGGCGCGGCUGGUCGCGCGGCGCCGCUUCGAGUCCGCCGAGCUCGAGGAGCUGUACGCGCGCUACGCGUGCAAGCUGCAGCGCGCCUCCGUCGGCUCCGCGCUGGCGCUGUGGGCGCUGCUCGCCGCAUCCCUCGCCGCCGCCGACGCCACCCGCGGCUGGGGCGCCGCGCCGCAGGUGGGAAUACUGAGCGCGCACGCUGUGCUGUGCGCCGCUCUGGCGUGGUGGUGCGGGCGCUCGGGUGGCGCGGCGCCGGAGCGGCGUCUCCCGCGUGCCUGCUGGCUGGCGCUGGCUGGUGGGGCGGCGGCCCUGGCCGCCACGCUGCCCUGCUGGGGCCCAGGCGCGCCUGCCGAGGGCGCCACGCACGUGGUUUGGGCGGUGUUCGCCGCCUACGCCCUGCUGCCGGUCGGUGCGCCCGUCGCCGCUGUGUUUGGCAUCCUGCUACCGACGGUGCACACAAUCGCCGCGGCGUUGGUGGCCUACCGCUUCCCGUACCAUGUCUGGCAGCAGAUGGUGGCCAACGUCGUGGUCUUCGUGUGCGUGAACGUGGUGGGUGCUUUGAUGCACUCGCUGAUGGAGACCGCGCAGAGGCGCGCCUUCCUCGACACCCGCAACUGCAUCGCCGCCCGCCUGGACAUGGAGGACGAAAACGAAAAGCUGGAACGGCUGCUCUUGUCCGUGCUGCCGCAGCACGUGGCCAUGGAGAUGAAGAACGACAUCAUCUCGCCGGUGGAGGGCCAGUUCCACAAGAUCUACAUACAGAAACACGAACAAGUCAGUAUACUUUUCGCGGACAUCGUUGGCUUCACUGUGCUCGCAUCGCAGUGCAGUGCCCAGGAAUUGGUGCGUCUUCUCAACGAGCUUUUUGGGCGAUUCGACCAGCUAGCUAAUGAUAAUCACUGCCUCCGCAUCAAAAUCCUGGGCGAUUGCUACUACUGCGUGUCGGGGCUGCCCGAGCCGCGCUCCGACCACGCGCGCUGCACCGUCGAGAUGGGGCUGGACAUGAUCGACGCCAUCGCAUCAGUAGUGGAGGCGACGGACGUGCAGUUGAACAUGCGCGUGGGCAUUCACACGGGGCGCGUGCUGUGCGGCGUACUGGGUCUGCGCAAGUGGCAGUACGACGUAUGGUCCAAUGACGUCACGCUCGCCAACAACAUGGAGGCCGGGGAGAGCCUGGCCGUGUGCACGGACCACUCCGUGCAAACCUACUUCAUUAUACCGCCGCCGAGACGACGAAAAAUGUGCUUAUCAGCCGGCGUAGGUCUUGGCUCGGGGUCGCGUCGCAAGCUGUCAUUCAAGAACGUGUCCAACGUUGUGGUGCAACUCCUGCACUCGAUCAAAUUCAACGUUGACGUCCCGUUCUCCAACAUGGCCGCCUCGCCACAGGAGCUCAAGGCCAAUGCCGCUAGGAAGGUGCUGGACUUGCGGCGCGCGCUGCACGCGGAGCCGGGCUCGGCGGAGGCGCUGCGCCUGGCCGCGCUGCGCGGCGACGACGUGAGCGCCGCGUCCGCCGCCCCCGCAGCCCCCGCGGCCCCCGCCGCCGCCCCGCACCACCACACCUUCGACGCAGUCAUGCAGCACCACGCCCUGCGCACGCACCCCACGGUCGCCCCCACAGCCACGCACCCAAUUCGAGCGAACGCACCCGCGCCAUAUCUGUGCGCCAAACUUAAAUGCACCUCCGAAUUUCUUCCGAGUCGCGGUGCCUUACGACGCAGCUCGAUCGGCCAAUUGAACUGUCCGAUGUCAUUGCAGAAUAAAGUGACGGAGAAGUUCAAGAGGCCGUUGAAAAAGCGCCACUCGUCCGUGUACCACCAGCCCACCAACCGCGUGAACAAGUACUUGGCGCAGGCGAUAGACGCGCGCUCAGUGCACCGAGAGAAGGCGACGCACGUCCAUCUGCUGACGCUCUGCUUCAAGGACGCUGAAAAGGAGGCGCAGUACCGCGCGUCGACGGACGGCGGGUGGGCGGGCUCGCUGGGCGCGGCGCUGUUCUCGCUGGCGGCGGGCGGCGCGCUGCAGGCGGCCGUGCUGCCGCGCACCACCAUCCUGCUGCUGCUGUUCGUCACCGCGUUCGCGUGGUCGGCCGCCGUGCUGGCGCUGACGCUCGCAGCGCGCCUCCGACUGGUGCCGUGCGACGUGUCGCGCCCGUUCGCGCUGCGCAACGCGAUCACCACGUUCACCGUGGUGCUGGGCUACGCGGUGGGGCAGGUCAACGUCGUGACGUGCCGCGAGAUGGACGUGUGCCGCAACCUGACGGAGGGCGCGGGCGCGGCGGAGGCGCGCUCGGCGGCGCUGUGGGGCGGCGGCGACCACCGCGCGUGCCCCGUGCCGCUGUACAUCGCGCUCGGCUGCUGCCUCAGCGUGCUCACCGUGGCCGCCUUCCUGCGGCUGCCGAUCCUGGUGAAGGGCGCGCUGCUCGCGCUCAUGACGGCCGGCUACGUCGCCGUGAUGCUCGCCUACCACCGCGACCUGUUCGACUGCUACGACAUGAUGACCGAGGUCGGCGCGGUGGGGUCGGCGUGCGCGUCGUGCCUUUGGACGCUGCUGUUGGCGUUAGGGGUGCUGCUGCACGCGCGCCAGACUGAGUGGACAGCCCGCCUCGACUUCCUGUGGCAAGCGCAGGCGCGCGACGAGAAGCGCGAUAUGGACGCACUGCAGGCAUCUAACAGGAGAAUCUUGUUCAAUCUGCUCCCGGCGCACGUAGCGACUCAUUUCUUGGACAAUCAGUUCCGAACUAACAUGGACCUGUACCACCAGUCGUACCAGCGCGUCGGCGUAGUCUUCGCCUCCAUCACCAACUACCACGAGUUCUACAUGGAGCUGGACGGGAACAACCAGGGCAUGGAGUGUCUGCGGCUGCUCAACGAAAUCAUUGCGGACUUCGACGAGCUGUUAGGCGAGGAUCGUUUUAGUCCGAUAGAUAAAAUCAAAACCGUUGGAUCCACGUACAUGGCGGCCGUGGGUUUAAUACCGGAUAAAAAAAUGACAGAUGAUCCCAGCACCAGAAAACAUAUGGCGACCCUAGUGGAAUUUGUCUUCGCGAUGCGCGACAAACUUAAAGACAUCAAUGAUAACUCGUACAACAACUUUAUGCUGCGUGUUGGUAUUAAUGUCGGCCCGGUAGUGGCCGGUGUCAUCGGCGCACGGAAGCCGCAGUACGACAUUUGGGGCAACACGGUGAACGUCGCUUCGCGAAUGGACUCCACCGGUCUGCCGAACCACACCCAAGUCACCGAGGAGGUGUUCCAAGUCCUGAAGGACAUGCCGUACCAGUUCGUGUGCAGGGGCAAAGUGAAGGUCAAGGGCAAGGGCGAGAUGACGACGUACUUUCUGACCGACCGGGCGCCGGACAACGGGAGCGCUCACAAUCCGACCAACAGCCAGCCUCAGAACCCGCCGAGCACGUACGGCGGCGUCGCUACGCCCCUGGCGAUGCUGCAGAACUCCGCUAGGCGGGCGGCGGCCCAGCCCCGACUGCCGCCGCUGCGGGAGUCGACGGGCGCGGGGGAGAGCGAGCCCCUGCUCCCGUCCAACGGCCACCAGAGCAACGGCAACAACCACAAGGGAACCAAAGGCCGUCGCGGUAAGGAGCAGGAGGAGGCGCCGCCGUCGCCGCCGCCCCACGGCGUCUCCGGCAAUCCAAGAUGGCCGCCGCCGCGCGCCCUGGUGCCGCCCUGGCCGCGGCCGCAGGAGCAACGGCCGCCGGUCGCCCACAAGCGGCGGCCGCCCACCAGGCUGCCGAGGCCGAGGUCCAGCGAGAGCCUGCCGCUGGCGCGCAGCCCGCGCGUCCACUCGUCGGCCGACGAGCUCAGCUCGCUCACGCGCUCGCCCAGCCUCAGCUCGUCCGACGAGAGCUACUCGCGCACCACGGACGCGUCCCCGUCCCCGCCCCGGCCCGCGCCCUGGCUGCCCCCGCCCAGGGCGGCGCGCAACGAGCACGCGCCCGCCUACGACUACCCGGCCGCGCGGCCCAACAAGCCGAACGCGAGCAUCCUAAACGAAAUCUACGCGAAACACAAGAUAGCGAAGAAGCCCGUCCUAGAGGAUAAGAUCCUCGACGACAUCGGCUAUCAGAAGGAUGAGGAGAAGCUGCAUAGGAGCAUCCUGAACAUGCUUCAGACGUCCGCGAAACGCGACGGUUGCAGCCAGACCGACAAAAAGGACGUGGCCGGUCGGUUGGCGCCUAGGACCAGUUCGUUCUCGAGUUCGGGCAGCAGACCGAGCAACUUGAAGCAUUUGAACCAUGACAGUAGAGAGGUUUUCACCAAGAGGAGUCCGACGGACGUGGCAUGCGUGCCGCCAUUCGAGAGAGAGAUACAAAGGCUGCUAGACGACAAGAAUAUUAUUAUGAAUAAUGCAGUAAAGAACGAAAGAAAGGAUCUGAAUCUUGAAUUAAGCCGCGGCCCGCACCCGCCGCCGGAGGGCGCGCGCGGCGCGAACAACAACAGCAGCCCGCUGCACGCGGUGGGCCUGGCGGCGAUAGCGCAGCUCGCCCGCCGCGAGCCCAGCCCCGCGCCCGCCCACUUCCCCGGCGUGCUGCCCACCGACGUGGUGGUGCGGCUGCCCUCGCCGGAACGCCAGCGGGGUGGGAGUAACGAUAGAAAAAUUGACAGUUCAACCAAAGAAAAACCGGACAGCGAAGCUCAGGACAGAACUCACAACCGGAAGGGCGGCCCGAGCCAGCGGGAGAUGGCGCUGUACGGCGAGAGCCAGUCGGAGUGGAGCUCGUCGUGCUCGGAGGGCGAGGGCGAGGGCGGGGGCGCGCAGCCGGAGAGCACCGGCUACACCACCGACGACCCGGCGCUCGAGAACGUGUCCAUGCUGAACGAGGCGGGCCUCACGGACGCCGAGGCGGCGCUCAGCGACGUCAACUCGUGCUACUUCGACCGCGACGAGGACGCCUCCUCGCGCGCCUCCUCGCGGCUGCUCGACUCCGAGGCGCUCGUGUCGCUCGAGAGCCUCAGCGCGAUUUACGACUCGGACGAGCCGGCGCACAGGUACCUCGCCAACAUCCGCACCGUCAGCGAGUGCAUCACGCGCAACUUCGGCCAGCCCGCCCACGUCACGGACGCCGAGAGCGACGUG